AUGAACGAUCUAUUGUCAUUGGAUACUUCAGAGUCACUUUCUGAAGAGAUUUCAAAGAAUAUCAAUCAUGAAAAGUCAAAUGUCACUUCUCGAAAACUCUCUCUUUUUCAUGAAAGAGAUUAUUACACUCUUCUUCCAAAAUAUCCAAGUGCUAAAGAAAAAUCAAGUGGUGCAGGAUAUGCCAUCAAAUCCUCCAAACGAUGGAUCGAACAUUCCACCUAUGUCUAUGCUCAAGAGAAAAUUGAUGGCUCUCAGUUGUCAUUCAUGCUGACAAAUGUCAAUGAUGAUGAAAAUAAGGACCAAGCACUUUCCAAUCAAGAAGAAAGAGGUCCAAGAAUGAAAUUAAUUUAUCGAACAAAAAGGUCAAUCUCCAAUGACGUUUUCUUUGAAAAUGCCAUCAAAGGUAUUACUGAAAUUCAACAUUUACUUUUCCCAAAUUAUAUCUAUCGAGGUGAAACCAUUACUCGUUAUAGACAUUGUCGAAAUUAUUUGCUGCCAGAUGAAAUUGAAAUGGAAGCAAAACGAUUGGGAUUGAUGUGUGCUCAAAUUGUGUAUCGUGGUUUGUUGGAUUUUGAAAAGUUGAAAUAUUUGUGUAAUAAUACCAAAUCUCAAUUGGGUGGAUAUGCCAUGAUGGAAGGUUUGGUUGUGAAACAAUAUGUAGAUCACACCACCAUGACAGUUGACAGCUCUUUGAAAACAGAUGAAAUGGAUGGUCUUGGUGACAUUCAAAUGGUCUCUUUCAAAAUGGUUUCUAAACGUUACAAGGAAACAAAGAAAGCCAAACAUCUCAAAGAAGAAAAAGAUGUUGACACCAAAUUGAAAACUAUUGCUCAAAGUGUCUGCACUCCAUCGAGAUGGGAAAAAGCCAUGAUUCGUUAUCUUGAAGAAGGUGGUGACAUGAAUCAUAUAGAUUUGAGUGGUAUUCUGUGUUUGGAAAUUAAGAAGGAUAUCAUUAAGGAAGAGAAUGAUUCCAUUCAAAAGUUGUUGAAAGAGUGUGACAUGGAAUGUACAGAUGGUGUGGUGGAUAUGAUUUUGGAAUUUGCAGUGGAAGGUGUCAAGGAAUGGGCUAAACAAUAUGUCAAGGAAAUUGCAUCCACUUUCUUGAAUGAUUCGAUCCUAUCAACAGAAACAACCAAUUCUGUUGUGGAAUUGGCAACACCAAUAUUAUUGGUGAAUAAAUGA